AUGCCAUCCUUAGCUGACCAGCUGGCUAAGCUGGCAAAUCCAGAACCCGUUGAUUUCGAUCCUGAAGAUUUUGAGAACCGAAAUCCAGAUGAUGAUAGCGGCAACGAGUUAGAAGUUAACAAAGCUGCCACUGAGCAUUAUUUGGAGGUCAGUAAGAGUUCAUUAAGAAAUGACGAGUUAAACGUUGAUGGUGUGAAAUAUGUUGGUAAAAGAGUGAAAAGAGAUGCAUUAUUUGAACAAAAUGGUGGUCACUCUGAGGAAAGUGACGAUGACGAUGAAGAGGAGGUCGAGGGUGAGGAUGACUCCGAGGAAGAAGAAGAAGAAGAGGAAGAUUCCGAAGAAAACGAUGUCGUCAAUGGAAAUGAAUCCGAGGAAGAAGAUGAAAUGCAAUCUGAUGAUGAUAUUAGCGAGAAAAAAGAGCAACGAAAACUAAAUGGUUCUGCUAGUGAUGGCGUCCCCGAAGAUGAGGUAGCUAAACGUGCUCAACUUCAAGAACUGAUCGAUGCCGAGCGUAAGAACUUGGCUGGUCGACUGUCAAAUACUGCCAAGGCUGACGCUGAAAAAGGCUCUGCAGUUCAACAUCAACUGAAUAUCUAUGAAAGCAUUAUUGAUUGCAGAAUCAAACUCCAAAAAUCUAUCCAGGCGGUGAACGAGCUUCCAAUUUCGAGAAGCAGUGCUGAAAAGUUCACUACCGAGGCUACGCCUGAAUUAAUAUCCAAAAAUAAAGAAUCAGUCUUUGAUUUGUUAAAUAAAGUCUCUCAACUUCGACUUCGACUAUUACAAAAAGAUGGGCUUACUGAUUUACCCAAAAAGUUGAGCAAAAAGCGCUCUCUUACUACUGCAUUUGAAAACGCCCAGUCUUUGGACAAACCACUAUACGGUUAUCGCGAGUCUGUUUUAACUAAAUGGUCUCAGAAAGUCCAGUCUUCUACUGGAUCUAUGGCAUUACAAUCCAGCAAAUUCAAGUCAUUAAACCAGACUGCAGCAAUUCAAGUAUCGACUGUUUUGGCUGAUAUGGAGAGGUUGGUUAAGAGAACCAAACUAAAUCGUUCCAACGUCAAAGCUCUAGGGCUAGAAACUGUUGCUGAAGACCAAGAGAAGCAGGCAAAGACAGUUGAUAUCCAAGAAGAGGACCAUAUUUUCGACGAUACAGACUUUUACCGUCAAAUUUUGAAGGAACUGGUCGACAGAAGAAUGGCUGAUUCUGGAAACACUGCUGGUCUGAAGUGGACUGUGACAAAAGCCAAAGUGAAGAAGAAUAUAGACACCAAAGCAUCCAAGGGUCGUAAACUACGGUACACAGUGCAGGAAAAAGUGCAGGGCUUUGACGUUCCUCGCCAUACAACUACGUGGACAGACGAGCAAAUUGAUGAUCUAUUUGCAUCCCUCUUGGGCCAAAAGAUUAAAAUCGAUGAGAAUGAUAAUUCAGAUGCUGAAGAAGACAAACCAGAAGAAGAACCCGAGAAUGAUGGUCUUCAGAUCUUUGGUUGA